UGCGUCUUUACUCGAUGCUGUAUUCGAUCGACGCCAUUUUGUCUCAAGUGAAUUUGAUAAUUCCUCGAUUCGAUACGCAUAUAGAAUCGGUUUCGGCUUAACAUCAGAGAUUCGGCGGCGAAUUGAUUGAUAAUCGGGAAUCGAUAAAUUAUGAAGAAAACAUCGUCCCUUGUAUGGCGAUUCUUCGAUCGCUUGGAAGAGAAUAAAAGAUGUGUUGCCGUGGUGUGUAAAUUGUGUGACUGUCAAUACAAAUACUUUGGAAAUACAACAAAUUUGCGGACGCAUUUAGUGAAUAAACAUCCUAUACAAUGGGAAUUAGGGCAGAAUGGAACAUUGGAGGAUAAUUUUCGAGUGGCUGACGACGAAGAUACAAAUCAAUCGAGAUCUACUCCACGUAGGAAGAGAUACACAAAAAGCUACAAGAAUGAUAACGUACGUUAUUCCAUAUCAGUUAAUAAGAACCCAGAUAGCAGGGGCGAAGAGAGUGGCAUACCUGUUAUAAAAGUAGAUGUACUAGAAAAUGAUACAGACAUUGAGCAGCAUGACGAUGACACAGAAGCGACAAUAAACCUGGUCAAACAGAUGGAAAACAGAGGUUCUGAUGAAGAAUGGUUAAAUGAUGAAGUAUUUGAAACGGUUGAAGCGUACCAACCACCGAAAAAGAAAAUGAAGUAUCGGACAAUUAAACGGGAGGUCACAUCACCACCACGAUCCACAAACUAUCAGCGUGCCCCUAAAGUUUCUAAGCAAAUUAUUAUCGACAAUCGGAAAGAUGAAUAUAGUGUGUUUGGAGAAUAUGUGAGCAAUAAAUUGAGGAAACUUAAAAACAACCAGACUAAAAGCAAUAUUCAGCAACUGAUUACAACAAUACUAUGGCAAGCGGAAUAUGGUGUAUAUGAUAGUAUGGAGACAAUCAAAAGGGUGAUUCUACACUCGGUUCAAGAUAUGGACGUACAGACAGAACAGGUUAUUGUACAUCAGCUUAAUGAGGGUGGUGAAGUAAAUGAUCCCAUGUUGGAUCAGUAAUAUUUAUACCAAAGAAAUGUGAUUUAUAGUGAUUUAAGUUUAUUUGUUGUAUAUUUUAAUAAAGGUAAUAAGUUCUA